AUGGCUGUCGACCCAGAUCAAGAUGACAGAGCUUUCAUUGCUGAACAUAUGGAUGCAGACCUUCAAUUCAUUUUGAGUGAGACUGGAGUCUCGUUGCACCGUCAGGCAGCAAUUGCCAGGCGUUAUGGGACGCUUAGGAAGUUCAAUGCGAUUGGAGACGAUCGUGCACAGCUGAGAGUUGCCUGUUUGCAGGAUUUCGCUAUCCCUCAGGACACUCCUGAGAACAGGGCAGAGGUUGCCGCAAUCGUUGCGGCCUGGGAGACGGCAAAGGAGUUUGUUGCCAAAGAAGUUGAAUUGCGCGCAGAGGCAAAGGUAUUAGGUCAACCAAAGAUCUUGCAAUCUCACGAAAGACAAUCAAUGAUUCGUGCUGUUGAAAGGAUUCAUGGUACUUUGGGCGAGUCUGAGACGCCGAGCUCAGAUUACUUGGCGCUGAAGGCUGAGGAGACAGAGCUGAACGAGCCAUCGGCAUCGCCCUUGGAUGAAAUCAUUAGCAAACGUGACAAUGCAAGUUCCACCAUCCAGUCUUCUGUUGACACUUCUGGGCAUUUGAGGGUGACUAGGACGAAGAACAGAGCAAAGAUGCCUAGCAAUACAGAAGAGUAUAGAAAGAUCAUGAGGCACAAACUGAGAAAAGAAGCCAUGAGACUGGUGGUAAACGAGGGAUACACUUUGGCGAAUGCGUUGCGGGCUGUGACAAAGGAUGCAGACCUUAAGGAAGCAUUCUUCACCACUCCUGUUGCCCUACGUGCAGCUGCCUCAGAAGCUCCACAGAACAAAUGGCCCAGGUUCAACAGCAAGGGUUCCUUUGCGUCUGGAAAAUCCAAUGCACAAGGCUCCAAAGGGAAAGGAAAGUCUGGAAAAUCGAAAGGGAAAGACCAGCGUUUGGCUGGGCUUCAACUGGCAUGGAGGACACCAGAUGGACGUGACCUGUGCUUCGCAUACAAUUCUGGUUCAUGUGACAACAGUUGCAACAGGGUUGGGUGUGAUGUCCCAGCAGCCAGCACGGGAUCACACCCUAAGGUUGCAGAACCUCCCGAAGUGAAGGUGAUGUAUUUAUUUGCUGGAAAAAGACGUCAGUCUGAUGUGGCUUCCUUUUUACAGCAGGCCCAUGAUGAAGGACGUAUACGACUGACUCUUAAGGAGUAUGACUUGGAGCUUUCACCGGAUCAUGACUUGACAGACCUCUCCAUCUGGGAAGACAUUUGGAAUACCCUUAAAGAGGGUGACUGGUUGUUGUUGGUCUCACCACCGUGCAAUACUUUUUCACGGGCAAGGUUUCAUUUCUUGGAAUCCCCUGGCCCUAGGCCAUUGAGGAAUUUCAUUUGGCCACGAGGCUUCCCAUGGUUGUCACAUCACCACAAGGCUGUCGUGGAAGAAGCAAAUUUAUUUGUGGACAGAUGCAUUGCAGCAUGCGUUACAUGCCAUGCAGCAGGGGGAAAAUUCAUCAUUGAACACCCGGAAGAUUUGGGACUGGUGAAAGGUGAGCGUCCGGGCUCGAUAUGGCAGUGGCCAGAAAUUUUGGAUUUGAUACCUUCUUGCAAUGCAAACUCAUUUGCCAUUCAACAGUGCCAUUUUGGCGCACUUACACCCAAGCCCACCAGAUUCCUGUCUACGUUUGAGUUUCAGGAUGACAGGUGCCAUUUUGGACUGCCGCGUUUGGACAAGCUUGGGGCGUACAAAGGACCACUUCCAAAAUCAUGUGGCCACCACCAUAAGCACAAACUUUUAGGGAAGACUGCAAAUAAGUGGAAUACAAGCCCAAGCGCAUCAUACCCGCCAGGGCUUUGCAGAUUUUUGGCUGACUUGGUUCUCAAUGCAACAGCAUCCUACGGAAGGGGGAAGGCGAACCAACCCCAGCAAGUUGCUGGAACACCUGGACCCCAGCAAGUUGCUGGAACAUCUGGACAGCGAGAUUCUGGUAAGGGAGGAAGUUCCUCUAGCAAGGGUUCAAACUUUGGGCAGAGCAACAAUGGAAUCGGGGAGAGUCUCCCCAAAGAGAACACACCUUGCAACUCUGGCAGUGGAGGAAGUUCCUCUGCUCCAUUGGAUGGCACUUCAAAGAAUUGCGCAGUUGAUUUAACUGGUUUUUCGGAUGGCACUUCAAAGAAAUGCGCUGUUGAUUUAACUGGUGAUGACUCCAAGGUUGGGGAGUUAGAUGCAGACGAGUGUGUUGCUGAGGCUUUUGACAUGGAGGCAUGUUGCAAUUUUGGUCCUCCCAUCAAAGUUGAAUGGGAUGGGAAGACGCAUGACUUUGUGGAUGGUUUUGGAAUGUGCUCACCUACCAGGUGGGCCCCUCAGUCUAGAGGCCAUGGCAGGAAGGCACAUAUGAAAGUUUUGGCGGCUGAGACUUACAGAUGUUUGCAUGCUGCAGUGAUGGGCGCGAUCAAGGACGUUAGGCGGGAGGCCUUCAAGCUGGUUACAGGGAAGCUCCAGGCGUCCCCUUUCUCUUCAGAGUUGCUACACAAAGUCAGGUCUCAGAUUGCGUCACAGUUGAGGGACCCUACUGAAGCAAUGGUGGUGGAUUCUGGGCAGCCCUUUCUGUUGCGGCUCUUGUCACAAUGGCUUGAAGUUUUCGAAGACCCUGACGCGGCCUGCUUGGUCAACACAACGGACUCAUUUGCCACGGGGGUGAACGUUGGAGUGGACGAUCCUUUACCAAGGACGCCUCAAGUUUUUCCGCCAAAGGUGAAGCAUCGGAAGUUAGAUGGCACAGAGUUCAACCCCAUUGCUGACAACUACGUUUCAGGGCAACUGUCAGCCAAGGAAUUAGAGGAGAAGUUCAGGGAGGAGGAGGCGCUUGGGCGCAUGGAACCCUCUAAGAUGUCUGUCUUGAGGGCGCGCUACGGGGAUCGUUUGCGUGUGGCUGCAAUGGCGGCGAUCAGCAAGCCUGACGGUGGUGUCAGGCCUCUUCAUGAUGCCACCCAUUCUGUGAUGGUUAACCAUGCAACCAAAUACAGGGAUCAACUACAGUGCCCAGGUCCGGCAGAAGUUGCUGCUGUGGUUAGAGAGGCGGUGGAGACCCGAGAGGCGGUGUUUUGCGUUUCGGCUGAUAUCAGGGCGGCUCAUCGCUUAGUGAAACUUAGGGAGGAGGAUUGGCCAUAUGUUUGCUGCCGUGCCGAUUCUCUCUCGGAGGUUGUUUGGAUCAACAAGGUGGGAACAUUUGGAGUGUCAAGUGCUCCUUACUGGUGGUCGAAGCUUUUCGCUUUGAUUGGACGUUUUGUGGGACAUGUCAUGCAGACGGCGGCUUACUGGCAUUUGGUUUAUGUGGAUGACCUGCACGGAGCAUUGACUGGGCCUCUCAAGUUUGAACUUUUGUGGGUAUGGCUGAAUCAAGUUGGGAUUACAGACAAAAGAGGCUUAUGGCUUCUCAACUGGAUUCGAGCGUUGGAGGAGAAGCGGUAUGUUGUGCCGGCACGGGAGUUCAGUGAAUUCCUAGGCAGGCUAGGGUUCGUUGCACAGCUUUUGACGUGGCUCAAGCCACACCUCUCACCGCUGUUUGCUUGGAGUGCUGUUGCUUCACCUGGCUUGGUUGGAAGAUUGCCGGAUACUGUUAUUUUGACGCUGCACUACAUCGCGGCGGAAAUGUCUGGUGAAACCUUUUUGAUCUCUGCAAAGAGACCGGUUCCGUAUUUGUUCAAGCCUGAUGGAGGUGGAGCGCAAUGGGCAUCGACGUCAGCGGAGCUCUUAGCUUCCCUUUGCGCUUUGGUUGCAUUUGGUUGGCUGUCGCCUACGACUGCGAGGCGCACUGUUGCCUUAGCUCUUUCGGCCGGCACUGACAACAUGGCCAACGAAUUUCUUAGUUCAAAGAGGGCCACGACGAAAUGGCCCCUCAUGCUGAUCAACAUGCAGUUAUCGGCGCUGUUGGCCAGGGCAAGACUGAGCUUGAAUUUGAAGUGGCGCCCACGAGAAGAAAACGUGGAGGCGGACCAGCUAACAAAUGAACAGUUUGAUGCCUUUUCUUUGGAGGCCAGGGUCCACGUGGUUUUUGAGGACUUGGACCUUUCUUUGGUUGAGGCACUGUGGAGGACGAAAUCCCAAUUUGAUGCUGCGAGACAAGAGGCAAAGGCUUCUGACAAAACGGCAGCACCUGGAAGGAAGAGAAAGUACGAUAAGACGCCGACAUCACCACCGAUGAAAAAAGGGGAGAUCACCGAUUCAGCUGAGAGUUCUCAUUUUGCAGAUGUCAGUCAUUCAUUCGAUGCAGUUUUGGUACAUGCUCACAGAUUUGAAGUUGCCCACCCUCCCAGACCCUUGUUUUUGGGUUUGUGGAGGGUGAUUCCUGCGCUGAAGACAUCACCACCGUCACCACCGAUGAAAAAAGGGGAGAUCACCGAUUCAGCUGAGAGUUCUCAUUUUGCAGAUGUCAGUCAUUCAUUCGAUGCAGUUUUGGUACAUGUGACGGGCCCACUCAGAGCGGAGAUUCGGCAAAUCUCACUUGAAAGAGAUAGGGCGCCAACUUGUGCCCAUGCGGUUCGCAGCAGUCGGGGGUGGGUUCCGGAGUCUCAAUUCCCGGCAUGUGUUUUCACGGGCCCAAUUGCCGGAAUCCUGGCUCCCAGAUCCUCACGAGCCUUGCCGCAGCGCAAAGACGCCGGAAUGCGGAGGUUGAACGCCGACAACAUCUCGAAGAGCGAAUUGAAGUUGCAGCAGUUGGAGCCUCACAUUGCUCGCCUGGGUUGGAACUUGGAGAUGGUCAGGGCAGACGUGGACAUGAUCAUUUUGAAUGGCCUUCCACCUGUUGCUCCUCCGCCCUUCCGACCUCCGCCCGGUCUCUGA